AUGAAGGAUAAUCUGACUGUCCUCUAUCCUAACCCGGAGACCUCUCAGAAGGUGGCUGAGUACUCGGUGUCCAAAUCUUUAGUUUUACCUGAGUACAUUCGCCGCUAUCAUGAGUACGGACUGACCACGAGCGUCCCGGACUACAUGAUCAGCACCUACCAGGGCAGCUUCCUGGUUUGGCUUGCUCGCACUCUCGGUGCCAAGCGAAUUCUCGAGGUCGGUGUGUACAUUGGUUUCUCUAGCCUGUGCUGGGCACAUGCUGCUGGCCCUGACGGCUUCGUGACUGGUCUCGAGUAUUCUGAGGAGUAUGCCAAUCAAGCCCGUGCUGCCUUCGAGAAGAAUGGUGUAAAGAACGUUGAGGUUGUUGUCGGAGACGGACUUGAGACGAUCUCCACUAUCGACCGCAGCAAGUCCUACGACUUGAUUUUCAUCGACGCACAGAAGACGGGCUACCCGCGCUACCUUGAGCUGAUCUUGGAGCACUCGCAGCCAGGUGCGGCCAACCGUCUCCUGAAGCCGGGCGGUGUCAUCGUUGCUGACAACGUUCUGCGCCGUGCGACUGUCGCCGACCCAACCCCGAACAACCCCCAUUAUGUUCGAGAGAUUGAGAAGAACACGAUCGAGGGCACCAAAUCGAAUCUUGAAGGUCUGCACAAAUUCAACGACAGGGUAGCCAACGAUCCGCGCCUUGAGGGCUUUCUCCUGCCUCUGUUCGACGGGCUUAGCUUGGCUCGACUGCUGGACUGA